AUGCUUGGAUUCCUUUUAGCUCAAACUCUUUCCUUUUAUGUCAACAAGACAGGAUUCUAUAGCGAAUAUGUUUCUUCUUCCUCAAAGUCAAAGUUAAUCAUCGACCUUUCCCCUCCUAGUGAAGGAAAUUAUUACAUUGUUUUCUCAUCAGUGCCAAUUCCACUCAUAUUGGAUUCAACAUCGAUUAUAGAUAGAGUUUUCAAAAUCACCAGCCUAACCACAGCUUAUAUAGUUUCAAGUGAUAUAUCUUUAAACGUUUCUUUUGGUGUUUUUCUCAUUCCAUCUUCAUAUGAUUCUCUUGAAUUCUGGGUUCAACCAACUGGAAUGUCUGACCAACAAUAUACAAUUCCAACUAGAGAAAGUUCUACGACCAAAACACAUUUAUUAUGUAUAAUUUCUGACGAUCCAUUCGAAAUUAGUGUUCACAAUUCCGAUUCAAACAUUUACGGUGGCACAAAUGGAGAGCUUCCUACAUCUCAAUAUUUCUCCUUUACAAAUGCUUUUAAACUGGUUACCUUGAAAUAUGUCCAAUAUGCGGACACAACUCCAUCUAUUUACUACACUCUUCGUCUUUACUCCAAUAAAAUUAAUGAUUAUACACUGAAAGGCUAUGACUCCUCAAAGGAAUUUUUUGUUUUUGACUUUCAAAUUUCGAUCACUUCUCUUGCACCAGGAAAAGCAUCAAUGAUAACAUAUCCAAGUAUUUCAUACGGCCCACAAUCUGAAAGCUUCUCCACUUCGGGUAAAACGUACAUAGUUCCAGAAAGUACAAUAAUAGUUUUUACAAAUCCAGCGAAAGUAAAAGGAGUCGCAAAAGUUGGUGACACAACAACUUUGGGUAUUCUUGGUGACACAAAAAUCAGAGCCAUCGAAUUCAGGAAAGAAGGAACACUCACACUUUCCUCAGACUCUUCAACAUCUGCAUACUUUGUUGUUUACAACAUUUCAGUCAUAGGUUGUGAUCGCACUGCCAUUAUCUCUGGAACACAGAAGUUUAAAGUGAAAAUUGAAACUAAUGGAAUAUUAUACUGUGCUGUUUCUGCUUUCUAUACUGGAAAAUCAGAAAUUCAAACUGAUGAAGUUCAACAUGUCUCUCUUGAUUACUAUGGUGAUGAAAUAUACCCUGCGAAAUCAAAUUCAGAGACAGUUUAUAAACCAUCUAUAACAGGAUUUUUUGGAUAUACACAGGAGAAAAUAACCUUUGAUAAUGAUGGCAGCUCAAAUGAUGAUAAUUAUGUAAUUGAUGGAAGCUCUUCAGAUUAUAACUUCUAUUAUAUUUCUAAAAAUGAUUAUUCGAAAAUUAACACAUACAAAUCAUUUGGUUCUGCUGGUAAUGGCUUACCAGGAUAUGCUAUUGCUAUUAUUGUUAUUGCUGUUAUAGGUUUAAUUAUAGGUAUUAUUAUCUGUAUCUGUUGUUGCUGCUGUGGAAAAUCUUGCUGUUGCUCGAAUAGUAAAGUUUCAGGAAAAGAACAUAGUAGCAGUAGUAGUAGUAAUCGUCAAACAAAACAUCCUGCUCCAAAUUCUUCUACAACUGUUGUUGUACAAACAUCUACUAAUACUGCUGUUUCUCCUUCUUCUUCACCUUCUUACUAUUCUCCUCCACCUGCUCAGCAGCAACAACAACAACAAUAUUAUCAACCGCCGCCUUCUUAUUCUCCACCUCAACAACCAUAUCCUUAUGGUGCUCCUCCACAACAGGCUUAUCCUUAUGGAGCUCCUCCUCAACAAGCUUAUUCUUAUGGCGCCCCUCCACCUUACGCUCCACCACCAACUUACUCUGCUGCGGAAACAAAAAAUGCCAAUGAUAAUCCUUACAAUUAA